AUGUACCCCUCUCCUGAGGUUAAACAACAUAGUAAGAAGAAUGACGAUUCCUCCAGUUCUGAGAAGGACAUGGCUGCUGAAGGUUUGUGCUCCCUAGGGCAAACUGUGUUUGGUAAAGGAAAACCAGUGGCAUCUAAAACUGCAAAUGCUUCCUAUUCUGAGAAGCAUGAUGUUACAAAUGAUACUAGAAAAGGAAGAUCUAUGGCUGAACUGAUGUCAGCUAGAACAAUUAAGAAGACUGCUGGUGCUGGUCCUUCCAAAUCUUGGAGCAAGGUUGAAGUAAAGAAGAGGAAGGUUAGAGAAGUUUCUGAGUCUGAAGAGGAUGUCGAGGAAGAUGUCCCUGAAAUCUCUCCUGUGAAGAAGACCCAUGUGAAGAAGUCCCCUGUGACAGUUGUUGUUGUGCAUUUGGAUAAUAUUUUUUUCCAUCUUGAGGAUGGAGCUUCCAAAUGGAAAUGUGUGAUUCAAAGAAGGGUGGCUGUGGAAAGAGAGUUAGGAAAGGAUGUUGUUGAAGUCAAGGAGGUCAUGGACCUGAUAAAGUUUGCUGGGUUAAUGAAGACUGUGGCUGGGUUCUCUCAGUGCUAUGAGGGUUUAGUUAAGGAAUUCAUUGUCAACAUUCCUGAGGAUACUGCUGAUAAGAACAACAAGGAAUUUUGCAAAGUGUUUGUGAGAGGUAAGUGUAUCACAUUCUCUCCCACUGUCAUUAAUAAUUUUCUGGGAAUAAGAGUUAAGGGUGCAGGUGAAUUGGAAGCUACAGACAAUGAGCCAACCUCAAAAGUUGGAACUAUUGCUGAGCUGAAGGAGACUUGUAAAGAGCUGGGUGAAGGGAUAAUGGUAGCAAUAACUAGGAAAGAAUCGUUGGAAGCCCUGAUUGCAAGAUUGGAGCAAGCUGAAGGUGAGAAUAUGUAA